AUGGUUUCGCCAGCUGCCCCAGAGCUUAUCGAGGAAGACGAUACGCUCUAUUCGUCCAUAGAUGCCCGCACCGAAUCCCUACAGAACCUGAGAGAACUCGGCCCCCCGGAUCUCGUUCACCUGGUGAAGCAAUCGAAAUCUACUCCGAAUACGCAGACCGGAGUAUACCACCAUGUCACGGGCAUAGAUGCGUCUUCGUCAGCCAGUUUAGCAGCCUACGUGAACACUCUUACCUACUCGCCGAUUGACAAGCAGCAUAAAGUGGUUGCGGGAAUAUACUGCUGCUACAAUGCGUUCUCUCAUGUGGAUAUGAGGGUUGAGGUGAAGAUCCCAGGCAGCCUGGAGAGCUAUUGCAUCGACGAACGAGGGGACAAGCGUGUUGCAACCGAAGCAUUAUGGCUGGAGACAUUCGUGUGCGCCGUGCUAAGGUCCUACUCCUAUGCGGACGACGGAAGCGGGGAUGCUAUCAAGAAGAUCGUGGGCGUGAGACGGUUCAAUCCGAUCACCAACACGGAGAUGGAACAUAAAUUCCUCGAUGCAUCGGAAAGGCUCUUCUUUAAUGGCCGACAGCUUAGUUCUGACCCUGAAACCCAAGUCCCCAAUACAGUCACCAACCAUCUUACCUCCGGUCUUUUAAAGUACAUCAAUACGACAGGCCGAUAUGUGUCCGGCAUCAAUUUGUUCGAGAAACUCCGAGCGCGGGAGGUAGAGGUGUCAUCACUUCUUGCACGGGUUCUGAUAUCCGCCGACGAGGAAGUGCAGGCAGUCCGACUAAUGCACGAUGCGCUCAAGGAUAUACCCAUGGACUAUGCUCUGCUAGACUGCCAGGCUGCGUUCUGCCAGAGUAAAGGUGAACAUGAGAUGGCACUUGAAUGCGCCAAACGCAGCGUGACAGCAGCACCAAGCGAGUUUAGCUCCUGGAUCCGGCUGGCGGAGGUAUACGUGAGCCUCGAGAAGUGGAAUCUAGCUCUGCUGACGCUAAACUCCUGUCCCAUGUUCAACUAUCAAGAUCGAGACUCACCCCGGAUGCCUCAGCCAACCCGCAUCAUCCUCCCCGUGCUUCCCGAGAGCAUGCUGGACGAGAUUGACGAGGGCCAGCCCAAAGAAGGCACUCCGCAUGACAUGGUGCACCCUACGCUACGAAAACUGCAUGCAGGUAACUAUCAGGGGACGUUCCUCAAGGCGUACAACCUGUUGACCAAGAUCGCGGCAAACAUUGGAUGGGACCAGCUUUUGAAGAUCCGAAGCGAGGUGUUUGUUAUGGAAGAAGAGUACAGGGUUGAACGACAGACGGCAACCCGGCCAGGAAGCACCACUCACAAUGCCAGCACGGUAGCCCUACACGACGGCGCAAGUGAGGCUGCCAGGACAACUGACGACGAGGAGGAGGACGAUGACGAUGACGACGAUUCUGAAAAUGAAGGGGAAGCCUCUGAGCAGAAUGGCAAGCCCAAGAAGCCAUCCGAGCACCAUGGAAUCGAGAAGCCUAACCAGACAGUGGCAUCAGAGGUAGUCAAGUCCGGCAACGACGACGAAAACACCAACUCGGCAUCUCAGUUCCACAACAAGCGCCUAUGCGAGCGCUGGCUCGACAACCUCUUCAUGGUUCUGUACGAGGAUCUACGCGUGUACACCAUCUGGCGCUCCGAGAUGGCGCAGUCCCGCCAGCAGUCUCUCGAGUACAAGAAGUCCCCAACAGAGUGGGAGAUUCUGGGCGAGCUGGCUGAGCGGCUGCACCAUCUGCCCGAGGCCAUUGAGGCGUACAAGUACUGUCUGUCCGUACGGUUCUCGCCCAAGGCACUACGGGGCAUAUUGAAGAUGUACGAGCGCCAGAACGAUACGAGAGGCAUGCUCAACGCGCUGGUCAGGUUGAUAGCCUGGCAGUAUCGAUGGUACUCUGAGUUCUCUCCCGACCUGCUGUAUGUCAUCCGCAAGCUGAUCGAGGAAGAGGGCGCGGUCAAGGUCCGCAGCAUCGUACAGGCGACCAACCUGCCGCAACCCAUCCUCGAUCUCACGCACCAAUACUGCCAGCUCUGCGCGACCUUCCGAAGCAGCGGAAGCGACGGUUAG